AUGUCACCCCCCCACUCCCCGCCCCGCAGCUUCUCGCUGCCCAGAGCUACCGGGGCUGGGUCACCCCUCCCCCUAUCGCCAGCCCCGGAUCCCCCAUCCCCGCCCCGCCACGACCUGGGCCCGCACGCCCCCUCCAUGCCCCCACCUUCUCCCACACCUUCUGACCUGCGUGAAAACGCUGAUUUGCCCCUGGUGCCUGCCCAGCCCCUGCUCCAGCCCCCACCCCCACUCCCAAUCUGCCCAGGAGCCUCACUCAACCUGGGCCCCAGUCCCUCACCUCAGCACUCACUGCUCCUGCCUGGGGGUACAUCCAGAAUUCUGGGCAGGGAGAGGCGCCGCCUCCUCCCGCCGCAGCCCCAGCCGCAGCCGCUGGCCCCGCCCCAGCCCCCUGCGCCUGCGCCCUGCAGCCCGCCGGCUAAGCCUCCCGAGGGGGCGGGGCCGGACCGGACCCGCUCCGCUGCGCUGCGAAGCGGCCGCACGGCGGCUGCGCACUACCUGCGCUGCUCCGCUCCGGCUCGGAAGGGGUUAAGCCGGCCUCCAUCCGUUGCGGCUGCGCACUGCGGCGGGGGAGCUGUCCGCUGUGCUGGCCGCCGCGCGCCCCUCCCCCCUGGCCCUGCCGGCCCGCCCCCACUGCGGUGCCGCAGCCUGCGCCGAGCUCCCGGCUCAGAGGGGGCGGGGGAGCACCGGUAUGUGGCCUUUGCCUCACUCUUCUUCAUCCUCAUCUCCAUCACCACCUUCUGCCUGGAGACCCAUGAGGGCUUCAUUCACAUCAGCAACAAGACGGUGACGCAGGCCUCCCCGAUCCCCGGGGCCCCGCCGGAGAACAUCACCAACGUGGAGGUGGAGACGGAGCCCUUCCUGACCUACGUGGAGGGCGUGUGCGUGAUCUGGUUCACCUUCGAGUUCCUCAUGCGCAUCACCUUCUGCCCGGACAAAGUGGAGUUCCUCAAGAGCAGCCUCAACAUCAUCGACUGCGUGGCCAUCCUGCCCUUCUAUCUGGAGGUGGGCCUCUCGGGCCUCAGCUCCAAGGCCGCCAAGGACGUGCUGGGCUUCCUGCGCGUUGUCCGCUUCGUGCGCAUCCUGCGCAUCUUCAAGCUGACCCGCCACUUUGUGGGGCUGCGCGUGCUGGGCCACACACUCCGCGCCAGCACCAACGAGUUCCUGCUCCUCAUCAUCUUUCUUGCGCUGGGUGUUCUCAUCUUUGCCACCAUGAUCUACUAUGCUGAGCGCAUUGGCGCCGACCCCGACGACAUCCUGGGUUCCAACCACACCUAUUUCAAGAACAUCCCCAUCGGCUUCUGGUGGGCCGUGGUCACAAUGACGACGCUGGGCUACGGAGACAUGUACCCCAAGACGUGGUCAGGGAUGCUGGUCGGGGCGCUGUGCGCUCUGGCGGGGGUGCUCACCAUCGCCAUGCCCGUGCCUGUCAUUGUCAACAACUUUGGCAUGUACUAUUCUCUGGCUAUGGCCAAGCAGAAGCUGCCCAAGAAGAAGAACAAACACAUCCCCCGGCCUCCGCAGCCUGGCUCUCCUAACUACUGCAAGCCCGAUCCGCCCCCGCCACCCCUACCUCACCCUCACCCUCACCGCGGCAGCGGUGGCAUCAGCCCCCCGCCUCCCAUCACCCCACCCUCCAUGGGGGUGACUGUGGCUGGGGCCUACCCACCGGGCCCCCAUACGCACCCUGGGCUACUCAGGGGGGGCGCGGGGGGGCUCGGGAUCAUGGGGCUGCCUCCUCUGCCGGCCCCUGGGGAGCCUUGCCCGUUGGCUCAGGAGGAGGUGAUUGAGAUCAACCGGGCAGAUCCCCGCCCCAAUGGGGAUCCGGCAGCAGCUGCACUUGCCCAUGAGGACUGCCCAGCCAUUGACCAGCCUGCCAUGUCCCCGGAAGACAAGAGCCCCAUCACCCCAGGAAGUCGAGGCCGCUACAGCCGCGACCGAGCCUGUUUCCUCCUCACUGACUAUGCCCCGUCCCCUGAUGGCUCCAUCCGAAAAGGUUACGAGAAAUCCCGCAGCCUGAGCAGCAUCGCGGGCCUGAGUGGGGUGUCCCUGCGCCUAGCGCCCCUUGCCACGCCCCCUGGCUCUCCCCGAGCCACCCGCCGCGCUCCCCCAACCCUGCCCUCUAUCCUCUAG